GCCGCCGGCAGCGCAGGCGGGGAAACAUGGCGGCCGGGCGGCGGGUGGCGCUCAGAGCGGUCAGGGACGUCACCGUGCGGUUCUGUCCCUUCGACGGCAACGUGCGGUCAGUCAGAGAAUUUCUUGCUGCAAUAGGAACCGAAAAGGCACGCCUAACCAAUUCCAACUGUCAGAUUGUAGCAGAUGUAAGACAUGAUACGUCAGAGCCCGUUGUAAAUGUCACUUUCAAUGAUGGAGAGAAAUUAACAAUGAAAGGAACAAAUUUGACCUUCAAGGAGCUGAUAUCAUUUUUCAGUGAGCGGUGCGCUAUGAAAGACCCACAAGCACAAGAAACAAUGGUCUCAAAGUAAUAGUUCUGCACUUAUAAAAAAAAUUAUGUUGUGUAUUUAUGCACAUGUAACACAUGAAGUCCGUUCUGCACAUCGAUUGGAAGAGUUGAAUGAACCUCACAUUUAUAAACAAAUUGUUCACUUGCAGAGGAGGUUAGCUGUCCAGCACCUCAUUCAACAUUCAGCCGUAUUUUAUUUUCAAUAAUAUUUUCUUUGUGGACUGUGACCUGUGUCAAUGCUGUAUGCAGUAUCCUAGAUAUUUUGUCAAUAUGCACCAUUGUGCAUUCAAACUUACUGUAUCAUAUGAACCAUAUUAAAAUAGGCAAUAAACAA